AUGAAGCGCUUCCUUUCACUCGAGCGCCGCCUUACUGCAGAUCCUGAGUUGAAACGGAUGUAUCGUGAUUUCAUUUACGAGUAUCUCCAAAUGGGACACAUGGAAGAAAUUGUUGGAGACGAAGAAAGUUCGGCCUUGCCGGAGUAUUUCAUUCCUCAUCAUUGUGUCAUCAAACUCGAUAGCACGACCACUAAACUGUUUGAUGCGUCGUGUCCCACAUCGAGCGGCCUCUCGCUGAACAACGCAUUGAUGGUAGGACCAACGGUGCAGGAUGACAUCAUCUCGAUCGUCCUCCUUUUUCGGUUCCACAGAAUCGCCAUAGUGGCAGAUUUGGAGAAAAUGUACAGCAACAGCAUGGUACAGCAACAACUGGCUGAUAGAAGACUGCAUAAAAUCCUGUGGCGUGACAACCAGAACGAACCUAUUCGAGUGUUUCAGCUAAACACCGUCACAUACGGUACGGCAUCGGCACCAUAUUUAGCUACCAAGUGCCUCAAACGUCUAGCAGAACUAGAUGGGAACAAGUUCCCUGAAGCAGCCAAGAUUCUCUGCAAAGAUUUCUAUGUCGAUGACAUGAUGUCCGGUGUUGACGACGUACAGGAGGGAGUCAAGAUAUGCAGCGAUAUUCAGCAACUUUUGCAUGGCGGAGGGUUCAACCUUAGGAAAUGGAGCAGUAACUGUCCAGCGGUGUUGGAGAACAUACCUAAGGAGCUUCAGGACGACCGAACAUCUUUCGAGUUGGACGAUUCUAGUGCAAUUAUCAAAACGCUGGGUCUCAUCUGGGAGCCUAGGUUGGACGUCUUUCGGUUCAAAAUACCGGAGUGGAACACAUCGGAAAUCUGUAAACGCACGGUCAUUUCUGAUUUAGCUCGAAUAUUCGAUCCGCUCGGGCUAAUCGGAACUGUGAUCGUUUCCGCAAAAAUAUUUGUCCAGAAUCUCUGGAAACAGAAGAUUUCGUGGGACGAACCGCUACCAAGUGAACUUCAAGCUCAAUGGCUGGAGUUCAGAACCAGCUUAUCGCAGCUUGGCAACUUGCAGAUUCCGAGGUGGGUUGCCUUCAGAAAGGAUUGCCUUUCGAUGGAGCUCCACGGCUUUUGCGACGCGUCUAUGAAAGCCUAUGGAGCCUGUUUGUAUGUGCGAUGCACCCACUUCGAUGGCACCAUCACGUCCAACCUACUAGUCGCAAAAUCAAGAGUCGCGCCGCUGUCCGAAGUAGAGAAAAAACGAAAAAAACUCACGAUUCCUUGCUUGGAGUUGUCCUCUGCUGUAUUACUGGCUCACCUCUACGAAAAAACGUCUGCUAGCCUCACGAUUUCAACGCAGUCGUACUUUCAUACCGAUUCCAUGAUCGUUCGGUAUUGGUUGUCUUCUCAACCGUCACGAUACCAGAUGUUCGUAGCAAACAGAAUAUCGGAAGUACAACACCUCACGAGGGCCGGUACGUGGCGACAUGUUGCCGGUACAGAGAACCCUGCGGACGCCCUCUCUCGCGGUAUUCCAGCAGCUGAACUGAAGCAGGACUCGUUGUGGUGGUAUGGACCAAGUUGGCUGCGAGAAGAUAAGGAUUGUUGGCCCAAAACACAAGAAGUGCUCCUGGAAGACCUGGAGAAAUCGUACCUCGAAGAGGGAUCUGUGGUCGCGUCUGUUGCUACAAUACCAGAGCCCAGUGAGAUCUUCAGCCUGCGAUCUACUCUACACCGCUCGGUAAAACUAGUAGCGUAUUUGCUACGAUUCAAGCACAAUGCACUUCGUACUCGCGACAACUGUAGGAGAAGUGUUGUGUUGUAA